AUGGAGUAUCACCAUGCUUCAGAUAUGAAUGGAGUAGUGUCAGAAUACCUGAACAUGCACAUUGAGUCUAAACAUAAUGGUUCCAGCAGAGAAGUGAAGGACUCGAAGGAGGCUGCAGAUGCAAACAAGCUGACUCUCAUUGAGAAAGCUUAUAGCACUAUGCUGAGUGAGCUUGGAGAGGACGUGGACCGGGAGGGACUUCUAUGUACACCACUACGUGCAGCCAAAGCAAUGCAGUUUCUCACUAAAGGCUACAAGGAAACAACCCAAGAUAUCAUGAAUGACGCAAUCUUUGAUGAAAACCAUGAUGAGAUGGUGAUUGUCAAAGACAUCGAUUUGUUUUCUCUCUGUGAACAUCACCUGGUGCCCUUCUUUGGCAAGGCUCACAUAGCAUAUCUCCCAAACAAGAAAGUGGUUGGUCUCAGCAAACUCGCAAGAAUUGUUGAGAUCUACAGCAGGAGGCUUCAAGUUCAGGAGCGUCUAACCAAACAGAUUGCUUCAGCUAUCACUGAAGCGUUGGAGCCUGCUGGAGUGGCUGUGGUGAUUGAGGCUGUUCAUAUGUGCAUGGUGAUGAGAGGUGUGCAGAAGAUGAAUGCCAGUACUGUUACAAGCGUCAUGCUGGGAGGAUUUCAUGACAAUCCCAAGACUAGAAGGGAAUUUCUUGCCCUUGCAUUGAAGAAGUAA